CCUUUCGGUUUCCGUCGUGCCCUUCCCCACAGUCUCAGGGUACACCAGACAGCGUUGAUCUCCCGCACUCCCGCACUUGCAGCGGUAGAAAGUGGCUAUUUCGUGUUAAUCCGGUUGCCUCCUGCGUGGUCACUGUUAGUAGAGAGACAGUUGUUUACCUCGCCACUCCGUCACCCCUUCGGGAAGUUUACGUUAUGAUUGGGGAAAAAAAGAUGAGUUUAGAAAGGGCAGAACGCAAGGAGAAAGGCAUCCCCGUGUUGCUGAGCAAGUAAGAGUGAGUUGAAGUAAUAGCCUGAGUUUUGCUCUUGGAUUUCCUGUAAAUGUGGUUAAAGAAAAGAAAAAAAACUUUGGACGACUAGAGUUGACCGGUUGCAUGAGCCGUGCAUCACCCUGAACCGGUAGCGGUUCACAGAGCUCCCGCCCAGCAUCUUGGCCAGGAGAACCGUAUAGACUUUUGACUGGUAUUGAGUAUGUAGUUGGAAGGAAAAACUGUGCCAUUCUAAUUGACAAUGACCAGUCCAUCAGUCGAAAUCAUGCCGUGUUAACAGCUAACGUUUCUGUAACUAACUUGCAGCAAACAGAUGAAAUUUCUACUUUGACAGUAAAAGAUAAUUCUAAGUAUGGUACCUUUGUUAAUGAGGAAAAAAUGCAGAAUGGCCUUUCUCGAAUUUUGAAGACAGGAGAUAGAGUUACCUUUGGAGUGUUUGAAAGUAAAUUCAGAGUAGAAUGUGAGCCUCUGGUUGUAUGCUCGUCUUGUUUAGAUGUCUCUGGGAAAACUGCUUUAAAUCAAGCUGUACUACAGCUUGGAGGACUGACAGUAAACAACUGGACUGAAGAAUGUACUCACCUUGUUAUGGCAUCCGUUAAAGUUACCAUUAAGACAAUAUGUGCACUUAUUUGUGGAUGUCCAAUUGUGAAGCCAGAAUAUUUCACUGAAUUUGUUAAAGCAGUUCAGUCCAAGCAGCAGCCUCCACAAAUCGAAAGUUUCUACCCACCUGUUGAUGAACCAGCUAUUGGAAGUAAAAAUAUUGAUCUGUCAGGACGACAGGAAAGAAAACAAAUCUUCAAAGGAAAAACAUUUGUAUUUUUAAAUGCCAAACAGCAUAAAAAAUUAAGUUCAGCAGUUGUUUUUGGAGGUGGACACACUAGGUUGAUAACAGAAGAAAAUGAAGAAGAUAGUUUUUUUUCAGCUCCUGGAACUUGUGUUGUUGAUAUAGGAACAACAAAUACACAGAUCUUAAUUCCUGACUCCCAGAAAAAAUGGAUUCAGUCAAUUAUGGAUAUACUCCAAAGGCAGGGUCUUAGACCUAUUCCUGAAGCAGAAAUUGGAUUGGCAGUUAUUUUCAUGAGUACAGAGAAUUACUGUAAUCCUCAGGGCCAGCCCCACAUAGGAUUAAUGACAACGACGCCAGGGCCAAGCCUUUCACAAGGCUGCUCAGUCAAUGAAAAACUAAUGCCAAGUGCUCCUGUGAACACUACAACAUACGUAGCUGAUGCAGAAUCAGACCUGGCAGAUACGUGUAUGUAUCCCAGUGAAAAGCCAAAAGAAAUGAAAAUCUCCAGAAUGGAACAAAAAUUCGGAACAUUUUCACAAGAAAUGUCCAGUAUAAAAGAACCACCCAAAACAAGCUCCAAUAAUAACAUAGUAUCAAGUACUCUAGUUAGGGCAAAAAUGCAAAACUAUCAGCUUUCACCAACUAAUUUCCCAAGUGUAAGUAAAAGAGAUCGGGCUUCUCAACAGCAACAGACAAAUACCAUUAAAAACUACUUUCAACCAUCUCCCAAAAAAAGGGAAAGGGAUGAAGAAAACCAAGAAAUGUCUUCAUCCAAAUCAGCAAGAAUAGAAAUGUCUUGUUCUCUUUUAGAGCAAACACAACCUGCUAUAACCUCACUGUGGAAAAACAAAGAGCAAAGUCUGUCUCAGAAUGAACCUAUGGACACAAAAUCAGAAAACUUAUUUUCAGAUGAUGUUGACUUACAAUCCAGUGUGAAAAGCUCUGCCAGUAAAUCUCUUUCUACACAAAAUCUAAGAUCAAAGAAAAGAAAAGAAAUUGAUUUUUCCAUAGAAGAUGAACAAUUGGAGCAGUUUUUCAAGAACACAAGACCAGAAUUAGAAAUGGAAGUAAAAGUUGAAAAAGAAGAGAAAGAUGUUGAUGUUAGAAAAAAGCCAAGGAUGGAUACAGAAACAAAUAACAAUUUUGAUGAUGAAAUAGUACUAGAAAGUGACAAGAUAGCUCAAGAAAGAGAAGUUGGGAAGAAAUGUGAGAUCAAGAAAGAAUCACUAUGGUCAACUAAAGAAACAUCUAACAAUGACAAACUUCAGGACAACAGUGAGAUGCUUCCUACAAAAGUGUUAAUGACUGAAUUUAGAUCACUGGUGGUUAAUAAUUCCACUUGCAGAAAUCUGUGCGAGGUGAAUAAUGAUCAUGGUCGUCCACUAAAGAAUUUCAAGAAAUUCAAAAAGGUCACAUUUCCUGGAGCAGGUAAACUCCCACACAUCAUUGGAGGAUCAGAUCUAAUAGCUUAUCAUGCUGGAAAGAAUGCAGAACUAGAAGAGUGGUUGAAACAGGAAAUGGAGGUACAAAAGCAACAUGCAAAGGAAGAGUCUCUUGCUGAUGAUCUGUUUAGGUAUAAUCCUAAUGUAAAAAGGAGAAGAUGAUUGAGAAUUUCAAAAGAAACUUAAGAAAACAAACUUCUCAGCAAACAUUUACUUUAGGCUGAGAUACAUGAACACAGUGUAUCAAAGAGAUUUAAGUUUUUAUGGCCUAAAUUUGUUAAAUAAAAUGCACAAAACUA